CCGUUACUUAGCAACGCCCACUGUAUCCUGGGGCUCCUGUAACGCCCUUGACAAAGUGAUAUCCAAUAAGAAUGCUCCAUGUCGCUGCGUCACGCGGGGGGCGUGGCCGGGCUUGUAGCUUGCGAGCUGGCUGACCGCAGAGCUGACACUUCCUGGAGAGGUUUCCAUGGAGCAGCCAGAGCACCUGCUGUGAGUAUGGCGGCCCUCUCACUCCCGCCUGGAGUCAGCCUUCCCAGCAUGCUCUGCGAGCUCCUGGCUGAGCCUGGCAUGGGGUGGCAUCCAGCCCUGGGGAGAGGGUCACGUGUUAUGGCCCCCCCUCUAUUAUUAUAUAGUGUUAUUAUUAUAUAGUGUGUUAUAUAGUGUGUUAUUAUAUACUGUGUGUUAUUAUAUAUUGUGUUAUAGCCCCCUUUAUUAUAUAGUGUGUUAUUAUAUAUAGUGUGUUGUUAUUAUUAUUAUAUAGUGUGUUAUUAUUAUAUAGUGUGUUAUUAUUAUUAUUAUUAUUAUUAUUAUUAUAUAGUGUGUUAUUAUUAUAUAGUGUGUUAUUAUUAUAUAGUGUGUUAUUAUAUAGUGUGUUAUUAUAUAGUGUGUUGUUAUUAUAUAGUGUUAUAGCCCCCUCUAUUAUAUAUUGUGUUAUAGCCCCCUCUAUUAUAUAUUGUUAUUAUAUAUUGUUAUAGCCCCCUUUAUUCUAUAGUGUGUUAUUAUAUAGUGUUGUUAUUAUAUAGUGUGUUGUUAUAUAUUGUUAUAGCCCCCUUUAUUCUCUAUUGUGUUAUAGCCCCCUUUAUUAUAUAUUAUGCUAUGUUAUUAUAUAUUGUGUUAUAGCCCCCUCUAUUAUAUAUUGUUAUAGCCCCCUUUAUUAUAUAUUAUGUUAUUAUAUAUUGUUAUAGCCCCCUUUAUUAUAUAUUAUGUUAUAUUCCCCUUUAUUAUAUAUUAUGUUUUGUUAUGUAACCCUUUAUUAUAUGUCAUAGCCCCCUUUAUUUUUUUAUUAACCUUUAGAAAGCAUUUAGUGACAGUUAGGAUAAAGUUAACAGAUUUAUUAAUCUUCUAUCAAACUGCAAACAUGGACAGGCUGCAACAAGACAUAAAUGUGUUAAAUUCUGGAUUUCUCUGUUAUGAAACAAUCUGAUUUUGAUUACAAAAAACACUUACUCUCUGCUGUUAAUGCUAAUCUCAUCCAAAGGGCAACUCCCAUCAGAACUUCUUUAGUACAAUGCUUUCAUAAAGUUUUGAAAGGAAAUUAAUGAUUUGAAAAAUGAAGGAUAAGUAAAAAAAAAUAAUGAGGCUCAUCCUUGUCUUUAUUCUUGAGAGGGAGAUGGUCAGAGAGAAUUGCUUUUAUUUUUAAAUAGUAUUUUUAUUUAAAUAAAAGAGCUGUGCAUGACACAAAAUACUUGUACACAAUUUUCAUUGGUACAUCUAUAAAAAUCUUAAGUCAGCAAGUUCCUCUCUUUUUUUUUUUUUUUUUCCCUUUUUGCUUCUUCCUUAAUCACCUAUUAAUGAUAUAUCACAAAUUUUAAAAAUGAUAAAUAUAAAGGACACAUGCUAAACUAAGAAAACAAAGAUGGAAAUUAUGACGUGUAGUACGGUGAACAGGUGAUUAUGGUGUUGAGGGGACAACAAAAGAGUAAAAAGUAACCAGUACUGACUGGUUGGGUCUCAGACUGGAUGCAAAUUACAUUCUUUUACUAGUUACGCUCAUGGAUAAUUAAGAUAUGGACUGAGAGGCACAAAAAAACUUGUGUGGGGGUUUUUAAAAAAAAAAAAUAAUAAAAGAUUUUUAUGCUAAAUUUGGGAAAGGUUGAAUGAGAUGAACAUUACACUCUUUUUACAAGAGAAUUUUUUUCCUUCAUAGUAAAACCCAUUAAGGGCACCAUGGGCACGCGCACAUCCUUCAGUUUGUUAAUGUCACUGGGGCAGAUAACUUUUUUUCACGAUCCUGUAAUGUGCUUGUGAAUGUGUCCUAUCUCACUGCCUAUCAUACUCUGUCUGCCGAGUUAAGAUAGGACAGCUGGUAGUUUGCAGAAUUACGUACAGUGAAAAGAGGUUGUGGCCUGGUGCAAGGUUCGCUCUGGAGGGCGAUUUCGGAACCUCCUGAACAUUUUACUUUAAUAUUUAGUGUAAUUGUUUUUUGCACUGUAAUAGUCACAUAACCAGUAGCCGCGUAUCUUGGAUAAGGCUGAAUAGUUCCAUUUGUGUUGUGUAAUACAAAAAUUAUUAUUUUUUUUAUGUUGGUGCUGUAUACAUUUCUAUUCCGGCUACUCGCUGAAGUGGUUAUACAGCCUGGAGUCCCCUUGUGCCCUCACUUUGUUUACUAUCAAAUUUUUUAAAACCCUCUCAACGAAACCUUAGCCUCCAGGCUGGAUGAAAUUGACAAUAAUGCAGAAGUGUUAAUUCCAUAUUUUUAAUGUGGCUGAGAUACAGGUGGUCCCUCAGUUCCUGGAAGACCCUUAAUUUAUAAAGGGUUUGAUACGGAACCGUGGAAGGGCACAAGGGAGCCAUAGUGAGCUGUAUGGAGUGUUGCUUACAUUGCCCAUUUUAUUGCUGUGUAUGGAGUAUAGUUAUGUGACCCUAAUUCUCCUCUCUUUCCACAGCCCGGUGGGAUUCCCGGCGUUGCAGAAUGACAUAUUCCUGCGUGCAGCUCGGGGUGAAGAGUGCCAACAUGUGCCUGUGUGGUGUAUGAGACAGGCAGGGAGAUACCUGCCAGGUAGGUGAACCACUUAUACAUAUAGACAUUGGACUCUGAUUUUUUUUUUUUUUUUAUUUGGUUACUGGGGGCUUCCCAAGUAGGAGCUCCUUUUUAUUCCCAGCUAUGUCACACUUCUUAGAGAUGUGAUUAAUUACUGUGUAAAUGUUUUAUAAUAUGGUAGAUCUAGCAGUUUAGCUGGACUGAGACCCUCCACAGCUCUGCCCACAUAACACCCGAUUUUCAGCGGAGUUUGGAAAGAACUUGUAAUUUCUGGGUUGUGAUGGAUCUCUGUCUUCCCAUAAGUUAUUGCAUCCUCGAGCUGUCUGCGUAGAUCGGCUAUUCUGUAUCUACCUACCUCGAAUCCUCAGAUUGUAAGUUCAUUUAAACAGGGCUUCUUCACCUCUAAAUCUCUUCUCUCUGUAAUUGUAAAGCACCAUGGAAUAUGUUGGCGCUAUAUAAAGGAUAUGUCUGUGAAUGCACAUGUGGAAUACCACAUAAGCAGACUUGCUUUUCAAAUCAUUUUACAAAAAAUCCCCCCAUUUGCUGCUGAGUGAGUGCAUUGAGCUGGAAGCCUUUGAACACUGUGUAAACGGUACGAGUUAAUAUGACAAUGCAGAUGUUUCCACGUGACAGGGCAGGUUUCUGAUAAGUUAGUUAUUAUCGGCUGCAUCCUGGUAUCUUCAAAGAUCUUAUUUCACUGCUAAACUGCAUGAUCGCUUUCAGAAAUAUUUUCCGGACUAUCCACUAAAGUAAAAAUUAUCUGGAAAACAAAUUUUAAAGUUAAGGCCAAACUAGCUGAAGUGGAGGCAUUGCUGACUUGGAGAAUUUCUCCAGUUUGACUAAAUUGGUUUUAAAUUUGAAAGUUGCUUUUAAUUUUCUUACCUUAGUGAAUAACAAUGAUAAUUUUUUGUUGUCGUUUUGUUACUAGAGUGUGAAUUUAUGGGAGUUCUAAGUGAAUUUAAAUUUUAAGGCCGAAAUACCCAACCUGCAAACAUUCUCCAAGUUAUCUAUAAUCUCCGCAGGGCUGGCGAGUUAAUGUCUUCCUGGGGACUGUGCGGAGUACCUUCUUAGGCCUGUUUUGCAGUAUUGUUCUACAGAUUUUAAGAGCUGGUAUCCUUUGCAGCUAUUUUUGCCCUAACACUUAAAAUUCACAACAAUUGGCACUUGAUUGAAUAAUCUUGCUGUAAACACACAGCCUCUCAUACAAGCCACAAGUGUCUGUUUCCUAAUAAUUGCUUUAAACAUUAAGCAUGCUGCAAUGAUGUCCUCUUUUGACCUUUGCUCACGGUUUGUUAUAGAGUUCAGAGAGACCCGUGCUAGUCAGGAUUUCUUCGCUUCGUGCCGAAGCCCCGAGAUCUGCUGUGAACUAACCCUGCAGGUAAUAUGUCAAGAUUUCUUUAAAGGGACAGUCUAAGUACCAAAACAACCUUAGCUUAAUUAUGUAGUUUUGGUGUGUAGAUCAUACCCCUGUAGCUUUACUUCUCAAUUCUCUACCAUUUAGGAGUUAAAGAGACACUACAGCCACCUGACCAUUUUAUCUUAUUGGUUUGGGUGCUCUCUCUGUCCCCUUAACCCUGCAAGUGAAAGCAUUGCAGGGUAAGGACCACCACUAGAGGCGCUUCCUGUAGGUUGACGUAGUUUAACUCGUGAAACGAUGCUGAAAGUCCUCACGCUUUGCAUGAGUAUGUCCAGCAUUUUGUAAAUCCCCAUAGGAAAGCAUUGAUUCAAUGGUUUUCUAUGGGGAAGGCCUAAUGCACGCGCUUCAGUUGGAGCAAGCAGAGACCUUGACUCUGGAAACAAGUGCUUAAAGGGUUUUUAAUGCUUUCAUUUCCAUGGGGUACAGGGCUGUGGAAGCAGAGGAACAUUGUGGUGCUAGGAAUACAGCUAGCUUUGUAUUACCAACACUAUAGUAUUACUUUUAAAUCAUUUUGUUUAAGCAGCCCUAGCUACACCUUACCUGCCUGAGACUCCCACAGCCUCCCUACACUUUUUUCCGCCCCUUUGUUUUUUUUUCUUUAUUGCACAGUGUUUUUAGAUUUAUUUAUUUUUAAUCUCCUACUCUGUUAAUUGCCUGCCAGAGACCGCAGCAGCCUCCUAUGCUCUGCAGGAGAAACUAACUUCUAAAGUAAAACCUUGCGCUGCCUAAAUUUCAGAGAACUCAGCAGUAAGACUGCAGGGUGUGAUCUAUACACCAAAACUGCUUUGUUAAAGGGAUACUGUAAGUGCCAGGAAUACAAGCUCCCCCCACCCUGGUAAAGGGUUAAAAUCCCUUCAUUUACUUACCCGAUCUCAGUGCUGGUUCGUCGCUCUACCCCCUCUAAUGUCCUGUGACAAGUGGGCGCUAAUGCGCAGCAAAUGAUGCGUACACAUUAGACCUCCCUAUAGGAAAGUAUGCAUAGGAUGAGGUAGAGGCAUGCGUGCACUGUCUUAGUAUAAAAUACAAAAGAUUAAACCUGAGAUGCAGAGGCUCCACACCAUAGUCCCAACAGUGUAGUACAGCAAACAGAGGAAAAAAAUGGAGUCAGUACAAACAGAUGUUUGAUGCUAACACUAGCAUUGACGAAGGGCUUGCGCCUGAAACGUCUGUUUGUACGGUGUCCUCAAAUUGCAGUAGCACCUCGGUGUGCAAAACUUUACUGGAUGCACAGGACUACCCUUUUUAUUUUUUCCUCUGUUUGCUCCACACAAAGCAUUGAAUCAGUGCUUUCCUAUGGGGGGAAAAUCUGGCGCUGGAGGUCCUCCAUGUAGAGCAUGAGGACGUCCAUCGUCCGGUACCGGACCAAAGGUCAGUUUCUAAAAUGCAGGAAGCCCUCUAGUUGCUUUCUGGAAGACCGCUACUGAGGGCAGACUGAGAGCUGCAAUGUAAACAUUCCAGUUUCUCUGGAGCUGCAGUGUUUAAUAUUGCAGCACUAGGUGCAAAAGGGACACUGCACCCAGACCACUCCAAUUAGCUGAAGUGGUCUGGGUGCCUACAGUGUCCAUUUAACUGAAGUAGCUUUUGUGCUUAGAAUAUGGUUUUUAUAUUUUUGGAUUUUGUGUAAAAAAAAAAAAAAAAAACGCAAACCAAAGAUGUCAGUAUAGAUUGUAUUGUUAGCUCCCCCCUCCAUUUCUUACAUGGUAGGCUUCGCCAUAGUAGCCUUUUCACCUGUAUCCCCACUCUAAAACCAUGAAAACACACACACACACACACACACACACACACACCUUCAGUGAUUUAAAGGUUUAAACAUGUAUCCAAAAUAACACAUUUUAAGAAGGUGUUGGGAGUAAGAUCUAUAAAUGGUAACUCGUUCCAGGAAAUGUCUAAAAGUUAAGCAAUUAACGCGAGAUCUGAUCCUCUUACGGGAGCAAUCUGAUGUUUUAUCCUUUCUUAUAUUGCACGCAGCCGCUGCGGAGAUUUCCUCUUGAUGCUGCCAUCAUUUUUUCCGAUAUCCUAGUGAUACCACAGGUAAGUGAUUGUAUAGUCUCUAUUUUGUCAAUUACCCACUAAACCUAGUUGUAAGGUAUCUCAUUCUACACGUAACAUAGAGAAGGGACAAAUUAAAGGGACUUUGUAGCCACCGAGCCCACUUCACCAGGUCUGGGUGCCAUGCCCCUGCAACAAAAACAUUAAAGAUGGCCACUAGAGGUGCUUCCACAGCUAUAACAAAGUUAAUGUGUUAUAGCUGAAAUGUCUUCCUAGAAAGCAUUUGAUUGACCCAGUGCAGUGUAUAGCACACUAGUCUCACAAUGCCUCUCUAUGGAAAAAGUGAGUAAUUCCUCUGUAUUCAUAGCUUGGUUAAUGCAGCCUCCCUUUUGAUCUUUGGAAUUGUUAGUUUGAAAUUUAGUGAAUAACUCUGCUUGAUGGACACCUCUACAUUCUAAAAAAAAAAAAAUGAGAUCACAUGGUUUAGUUAUUGCCUACAUUUUAUUUUUAACGUGUUCAGACUGAUCUUUUCCUUCCAGGCACUAGGAAUGGAAAUCCGAAUGGAACCUGGAAGGGGCCCUGUCUUCCAAGAACCUCUGCAGACUCCAGAGGACCUCCAGAAGCUUAAGUCCAAAGUAGAUGUUAAGCAGGAGCUGGGCUAUGUGUUUCGUGCCAUCACCCUGACACGGCACAAAAUAGCUGGAAAGGUGCCCCUUAUUGGAUUCACAGGGGCCCCGGUGAGCUUUGCCGCUAUUUAUUUAUUACAUUUAUUUGCAUUCACCAACAUCUCCUAAUUAAGUAUCUUUAAUCUUCCAACAGUGGACCCUGAUGACCUAUAUGAUAGAAGGAGGUGGCUCGAACACCAUGUCCAAAGCCAAACGUUGGCUUUACCAGCAACCCUCUGCUAGCCACCAGCUAUUGCGCCAGCUCACGGACAUCAUUGUAGAAUAUCUUGUGGGUCAGGUGGCAGCUGGUGCCCAGGUACAGUGAUACAAGGGACUCCUAAUUCAUGCUGAUGGCUUCAUUCUAGAGCAGUCAUUGACCAUGUUUGUCCUUGCAGCUGGCCUAGGUGUUGUAGUGCCAUUACCCAUUAUUCUUCCGCACCCAUAAACAGAGAAUCAUGGCGAUUUUAUUUUUGUUUUAGGCUCUUCAAGUUUUUGAAUCCCAUGCCGGAAUCCUUGGGCCUCAACAGUUUGCAGACUUCUCUCUGCUGUAUCUCCAGGAGAUCUCACGGAGAGUGAAGGAGAAGCUAAAAGCAGAAGGGCUGGAGCAAGUUCCUAUGGUGAGUGAGAUCAUUUUUUAAUAUUAAUAUUGACAUUUAUAUAGCCCCAACGUAGCGCUUUAUGAUACUAGUCUACUGCUGUAAUAACGUGUGGAACACACAUUUGCACUUGUAUUUUUAUUAAUCGGUUAAUUUCAGUAUGAAUGUGCUCUGCCGUGGUGUGAGGUUGAGCACCUGUUUUAUCGAUGCAUUGAUUGUAGUGAGACAAACUUUUACAUUUGGCAUUUCUUUCGCAAUGUCAUACAGUCAUGUCCAUUACUGCAGCAAAUGUAAUCAGGAAAAUGCAAAAUUGUCAGAAUAUUAAAAGUGGAGCAUGGAAUUUCAUGUUUAAAAAAGAAAUAAAAUAGAUAUAGAUCUAUUCCCUUUUUGGAGCCCAUGUUGUUUUAGAACUGCAGCAUUUAAACAGACCACUAGAAGGAGCAACUUGCUCAGACAAACCUGCUGUUAUAUUAGCUAUAAAUCCCAUUUACAGAUCGUGUUUGCGAAGGAUGCUCACUAUGCACUAGAAAACUUGUCUCAGUCUGGUUAUGAAGUGGUGGGAUUGGACUGGACAAUCCAACCCCAGGAAGCCAGGUGAGUUUACAGUCUAAUUACUGACAAAUGUGCCAGGGUCCACUUAUUGCCCUGAAUAUCCCAAGCAUCCUAAAGGGAAACUAAAGUGCCAGGAAAACAAAGUGUAUAAACACCACUGGCUUCAUGGAUUGCUGGGUACAGGCGAGGAUCUGACAAUAUAACCUGGACAAGUAAUUGAAUGCAAGCAUUCUAUAAGAAUGGGAAGGCAGAUAGUCGCCAUUCUGUGCAUUAUUUAUCAAGUCCCAGAUGCUCAUGGCCAAAACAGCUCAGGACUCAAAUCUAAUGCCUUAUUCAGACUGUGAUCUUAUCUUUGACCCAUCCAGGGAAAGGACUGGAAAUAGAGUGACUCUGCAGGGAAACAUGGAUCCCUGUGCCCUGUACGCUAGCAAGGUAUGUUAUGUUUGUAUACAAUACUUCUUCAUAUCCAGUGUUCCCUGGGUACGGCUGUAAAUGUCUGUUUUCAUUUAAUAGUAUUUAGUAGAGACUAUAACCACUCCAGCUCAGGGUAGUGCUUAGAGUCUGGGCUGGGCCUUACUAGAAGUGUUUGACAAAAGCCAGGCCUCUUUUGAAAAUGUAGACUUUUCAUUAUAAUUUUCCUCCACCAUCAUUGUCAGUUGGAAAACAUUAGUACGCCUAAUACAGAAGUAGUAGACUAACAAUAUAAACCCCACACGGAGCUGUUGUAGUGCAUAGACUGACUAUUUCUGUAUAAGGAGUAGAUAUUAACUGUAAAUUAUAUCUGAGACAUUCCCUAAUCCGGGCAGAUAUAGGCCGAACACAAGGAAUUGGGGAUUGUCGGUCUGACAGCCACCAGUAGUGUGUCCUCAGGCAAAUGUAAAGAUUACCUUCCCAAUAAACUACAUUUACAGUAGCAGAGAAGAGGAUCAGCAUCUAUGCACCAAAACCACUCCAUCAGGGUUUAAAUCGAACGCCUAGACUAGUAGCCUGGCCUUAAAAAUGUACUCAGGGCUAAAUUUUCACUUGCAAAUGGAAGUUUUGUGCUCUGCACUUUAUUAGUGGUUUUGGUGCUUAGUGUUCCUUGAUGGUGCAGAGGGACUUGCACAAGCCCCUAUUAGUGGUUUAUCUUGAGAGCUCUGGAGAUGAGUAGAGCAGGUGUAGAAUUCAGUAUACCUUCCUGUUGUUGAAGUAUGUCCUAGAGCAGCUGUAGGGCAUAUUAAGCACUCCAGAUGUUGUGGACUACAUCUUCCCUGAUGUUAUGCCAGUAUUAAAGUUGUAAGAGAUGUUAUCCUCAAAAUCUGCUGUGCCAAAGGUUGCCUACCCCAGCCUGUAUCUCCCCUCUACUCUUCCAGUGUCAUCCAAUCAGAUACUUCUCAUAUUCAGUGCUUUAUUUUGACCUGUUUGAGGUGUGAAUGUCACAUGACUGUGUAUGCUCUGUUUAAAUGGUAGCACCACUAGUAACUGUCAGGGAGACCACCCCAUGAGAUGUUUAGCCCUGAAAUGUAAACAUUGCACCUUCUACAAUACUGCAAUGUUCUCCGUAGUAAGAUUGACUGCACCCAGACACCUACCUGGAGAUUUAAUGUGAGACCAUAGAGUAGUCCUUUAAACUCAGUUGCAAGGCUGAAUGACUUAUGUUGGAUAGUAACCAGCAACUACUUUAGCUAAGUGUAUGCACUCAGAAGCUAGGAGCUACAGGUCUAGCCUUGAUCAGUUCUUUCUACAUAUUAUCCAGCAUCUACCUGAUGAUUCAGUGUUUCUUCUAUUCUGUGCGCUGCAGGAAGAUAUUGAGAAGACUGUACAGAAAAUGAUAGAAAGUUUUGGCUGUCGAGGAUAUAUUGCAAACUUAGGCCAUGGCUUGUAUCCAGAUAUGGACCCUGAACAUGUUGGGGCCUUUAUAGCUGCUGUUCACAAGCACUCAGAAUGCAAGAAGUAAUCUUGAAGCAGACACUGGGACAACCCCAAGAGGAGGGCAGUGGGAACACAUCGAUCUGUACAGCUGGAGUGCGGUUAACACGUUCACAUAUAGAACGUCUUCACUUUUUUUGUAGCAAAUAACCUAAUGUAAUACCUAUCCAGACAACACAUUGAAAUGCUUAAUCUCUUUUGAGAUUGCCAAAACCCUUGUACCUGUGAAAACCUGAAAAUAAAGCCCGGACAGGGGGACAAAUAUAUAAAUGUGCUUUGUUUCAUCUGAAAAACUAAUCGCAAACAAUUUUCACUUUAUUAAUAACAGUAUAUCAAAC